AUGAAACCAUUUAUACCUUCUCUAGCAACCUAAAGUAUUCCAACAGAUAAAAUUGAUUCCUAUAUCUCAUAUAUGGUACUUACUACUUGAUUAUUUAGUCCUAAGUGUACAAUGUUCAAUAAUACAUGCUAAUCCAUGCUUAAAAUUAGAUUAUGCAAGCUUAAUUCUUAAAAUUAUAGAGUGUGAAUUAGAACUAGAAUCCAAUUGUUUAAUAAAAAAUAAUAAAGUUAUUAGAGUAAAUUUAACAGAAAGGUUCUCAGAUUUCAAUCAAAGACUUUCUUUAAUAAAUGAAAAUGCCCAUAUUAGUUAAAUAUAUAGCUAAUCUAAUAAUCUAUUUAAUGAAAUAAUGUGUUUCUGAUUCUGAAGAAUUCAUAAUAAAUUAUAUAAGGGAUCCAAAUUCCAUAGUAAUCGACAAACAAUAAUGGACAUUAAUUUGUGAUAUUGUCAGUAAGAAAUUAGUUUACCUGGGAACUAAAGACAUUUAAUGUACAAAUGGUAAUUGUUUAAACAAACUUAGAUUCAUAGAUUGCUAUAAUUAGUUAAUCACUUCUAUUUAGUAAUAUCAUCAGUGAAGUUAUUUUUAAAAAAUUGCAUAUAACUUAAGAUAGUACUCAAUAGAUAGUUUUGAGAACUCUGAAUGAUUUAUUAUCAGAUGAUAAUAGAUCUGCUGAAUUUUUAUAUCAAUUUCUUUGCUAACCGGAAUAAUAAAUACUGACUUUAGAAUAAUGUUAAUAGUCAUUUUCUAAGAUGUUUUAGAAAAUGGGUCAAUAUUUCCAUUAAUCUAAUUUAAUAGAAUAAAUAAUUGAGAAUUAAAAGUAAUUUAAUACAAACGGUAAUUUUGAAUGUCAUGCAGAAAAAGUACUAUUUAAAUAUUAUAUUCAAGUAUUUAAAAUUAAUUCGAAUGUAUUAAAAUAAUGAUUAAAAAUAAAUAAAUGAAUAAUUAAUAAAAGGAUUGUUUGGUGAAUUAAUAUAAAUUGAUUGCAAAGGAUUCAUUUUUAAUUCAACUAGAUUAGAAGAUAAAUUAAAAUCAUUUUUAUUUAUGUUUGUUGAAUUAGUUAGAAUAGAGAAUUAAAUAAUAUAAAUAGUAAUAGAAAAUACAAUGUAAUAAUAUAAUAUUAUUUUAGUUCUGAAGAACCAUAAAGGAAUCCAUUAGAAUAUUAUGCUAAAUUAAUAGAGAAGAUUAAAAAUAAAUGUAAAAGUAAGGAAGAUGAAUUUUGUAAUUGUAAAAGAUGUUAAUGUGUUAAAAGAAAUAGAGAUAGUGCAAGAGAAGCAUAAAAGAGAAAAAGGGAAGCCUUAGAGAAGAUAGGACCAUUAUAAAAAGAAUAUGAGAAGAUUGAAAAGAAAGUAUUAAAUAAAAUGUUAUAUUAGGUAUUAAAUUUAGAAUUAUCAAAUUCAAAAUUAAAAUCAGUUUUAUUUUAAGCAUUGAAAAUUCCAGUGAUUGAAAAUAUUAUAAAAUAAGACUAUUAGGAUACUUUAUUAAAUUUAAAUUUGACAAAUACCAAUUUUCAAGAGAGUCAAAAAUAAUUCAAUUAGAUUGAAUAAGAAUAAUCCAGAUGA